GUUCUAGAAAGAGGGAAGAGGUUUACCAACUGCAAGAGCGGAGAGGAAUAGGGAUCCAGGAUUGAUACAUACAGUUGGGAGAUGAUGAGCUGCUUUGGGUGUUUCAAGCCUGAGAAGAAGAUGCCUCCCCGGAGGCUGGAGGCCAGGGAGGUCACGGUUGUGAAGAAGGCCCCAAGCCAGAAUGAAGCGCCUCCCAGGGAAUCUGGGUCCGUCAGGCCAUCACCAGUCACUUCAAAGCACAAGCCAUCAUCUGAAACACCAACAAGCACUGAACCUCCUAAAGGAAGUUGUUCUGUUUCCAAAACCGCAAAAGCAUUCACAUUCCGUGAGCUAGCCACGGCUACAAAGAAUUUCCGUUCCGACUGCCUCCUUGGAGAAGGGGGCUUUGGCAGGGUAUACAAGGGCAAGCUUGAAAAUGGACAGCUUGUUGCUGUCAAGCAACUAGACCUGAAUGGGUAUCAAGGCAACAGAGAGUUCCUAGUUGAGGUCCUGAUGCUCAGUCUAUUGCACCAUCCAAACCUAGUCAAUUUGGUUGGCUAUUGCGCAGAUGGAGAUCAAAGGCUUCUGGUGUACGAGUACAUGGCACUUGGUUCACUUGCAGAUCACCUGCUUGAUAGCACUCCUGAUCAAGUGCCACUGAGUUGGUAUCUCAGGAUGAAGAUAGCUCAUGGAACUGCUAAAGGGCUUGAAUACCUCCAUGAGAAGGCAAACCCACCUGUCAUUUACCGGGAUCUCAAGUCCCCCAACAUCCUUCUUGAUGAGAAGUACAACCCUAAGCUCUCAGAUUUUGGGCUUGCAAAGCUUGGUCCAGUCGGGGCAAAGACACACAUCUCCACUCGGGUGAUGGGAACAUAUGGGUACUGUGCUCCCGAAUACAUAAAAACAGGCCAGCUAACUGUCAAGACUGACGUGUACAGUUUUGGAGUUUUCCUACUGGAGUUGAUCACAGGAAGAAGAGCGGUAGAUACCUCCAGGCCAGCAAAUGAACAAAUCCUGGUUAACUGGGUCAAGCCAUUGCUGAGAGACAGGAAGAGGUACAAUGAGCUAGUAGACCCUAAUCUUAGAGGUGAGUACCCAGAAAAAGACUUGAGCCAAGCUGUGGGUGUAGCAGCAAUGUGCCUACAAGAGGAAGCCUCAGUCCGACCUUACAUGAGUGAUGCUGUUGUGGCCCUGGGAUUCCUCGCAGAAAUGCCUGCUGGCUAUAAACACAAAUCUGGCCCUAUACUCCCAAUGAAACAAGUUAGAGAUCCAUCACUAACUAAUAGUGGUAGCGCUAAGCAACAUAACGAUGCAUACAAUCGUCAAAAGGCUGUAGCUGAGGCCAUUGAGUGGGGCUCACUGAGGCAGAAACAGAAGGCUCAAAGUCCAGAAAAGAAAGCUCAAAGUCAAGGUGGAACAUCCCCUCCAGAAGCCAGCAGAUUGUAAAAACAACUCUGUUGUGCAUUAGGCUACCACUGACUUGUAACCCUCCAAUUUUGUGCAAGCUGGGGCCAAAUUGUCCCACAUAGCUUAGAGUUUGUAAAUGAAGUUUUUCUCUCAUAAAGACAUAAGGGAUCUAUAGUAUUUGCUGUUAACAUAUAUGUGUUGGAUCAGGAAGGAAUUCUUACUCCAUCUUGUAUACGUUUAGACCAAUUUUGGGUCUAUGAUAAUACUGAUUACCCUUGUGCUUCUA